GUAUAAUAAUGGAACAACGCACAAUAAAGUUAACUAGUUUUAAUUGUAAAAGUGUCAAACGAUCAGUCGACUACGUCAGACAACUUUGUCAAUUCUCCGAUAUAAUCGCUUUGCAGGAAUCGUGGCUAUUACCUACUGAAAUCCCAUAUUUAGGUAAUAUUAGCAGCGAAUUCUCGUUUACGGGAACAUCGGCGGUGGACACAUCCUCUGGUAUGCUAAAAGGGCGACCGUACGGCGGAGUGGCACUUCUGUGGCGAAGUAAUCUGUUUCAAUGCGUAUCAGUGUUACAGUGUAGUAAUCCACGCAUAUGUGCGGUUAAAAUAGUGACAGAUGAUAGGCCGUUUAUAGUUGUCUGUGUGUAUAUGCCCACGGAUUGUUCAGACAACUUGCCCGAGUUCACGGAUUGCCUUAGCGCGGUGAGUGCAAUAGUGGAUGAAUGUGAAGUGGAAUCAGUUUAUAUCUUAGGAGACUUUAACGCACAUCCAGGUGAGUUAUUUUUCACUGAACUCAGUAAUUAUUGUGAUGAACAGAACUGGGUGUGCGUUGAUAUAAACAGAUUAGGCCUUUCCUCGGAUACCUAUACUUUUAUCAGUGAGGCGCACGGGUCUAGGCGCUGGCUAGACCACUGUAUUGUGACACAAUCGGCUAUAAGUUCUGUUCGUAAUGUACAUGUUAAGUGUGACGUAGUCUGGUCCGACCACUUUCCCCUCAUAUUAGAAUGUAAUAUAGGUGUUUUAACUCCUAGAUUAGCUGCUGCGCCACUUAAUAAUACUAAUUGUGCAAUAUGGGGGGAUAGAACAAAGGAGCAGAUUGCUAUAUACACACAAGAAUGCGAUAACAGGUUAAGAAAUAUCCAUUUUCCUUCCGAUUUUAUAGAUUGUGGCGAUAAAUGCUGUAGUGACCCCUCUCAUAAAACAAUUUUAAAUAACAUGUAUAGGGACAUUGUAUCUGCGCUCAGCCAGUCUGCCAUAGUUAGUAAGGGAAAUGUGGGAAUUAAGAAAAAGAACAAAAAUCGUAUAGUGGGUUGGAAUAGGCACGUGAAGGAUGCUCAUUGGCGGGCGAGGCAAGCAUUUCUUGUGUGGGUGUGUAGUGGCAAACCUAUAGUAGGCACUGAAUAUAAUAACAUGUGUGAAAGUCGACGUAUAUUUAAGUCCCGACUAAAAUGGUGUCAAGAUCAUCAAAAUCAAAUACAAAUGGACAUAAUAGCAUCACAACACUCGAAAAAAGAUUUUAAGGCUUUUUGGAAAUCAACUAGCAAGAUAAAUGUUAGGUCUGGCCCGCCGGCGAGCGUGGAGGGAGUAACGGAUCAUAGAGCUAUUGCUAAUAUCUUCAGAGACCAAUUUACUGUGAAACCUAGCAUAGCACCUUCAUGUGAAAGAGGGGCGGGCACUGGGGCCAUUAUGAAUAGACAGGUGACAAGGAUAUCGGCCUUAGAGGUAGCCAAAUCCAUUAAAUCUAUGUCUGGUGGUAAGUCGCCUGGUCAUGAUGGCCUCAGUGUGGAGCAUCUACGUUAUGCUGGCUGUCAUAUUUCACGUGUACUUUCAAUGUUUUAUUCUCUAUGUAUAUCCCAUUCCUACCUGCCAUUGGACUUGAUAAAGACCGUUGUCAUACCAGUGGUGAAAAACAAGACAGGAGACUUAACUAGUAAAACUAAUUAUAGGCCGAUAUCGCUCGCUACUGUUAUGGCAAAGGUACUGGACGGUGUGCUUAAUGCACAGUUGAAUAAGAACCUUUCGUUGCAUGACAACCAGUUCGGGUUUAGGCCCGGGCUGUCAACUGAAAGUGCGAUCCUGUGCCUUAAGCACACCGCCGCGUAUUAUGUUGACAGGAAUACGCCAGUUUAUGCUUGUUACCUUGAUUUAUCAAAAGCGUUUGAUCUGGUUUCCUACGAUAUACUUUGGAAGAAACUAGAGGAAAUUAACUUAGCUCCCGAUCUCAUAGGUAUAUUUAGAUAUUGGUAUGGAAACCAGAUCAACAACGUGAGAUGGGCAGGUACUUUGUCUGAGACAUAUGGGUUGGAAUGUGGGGUGAGGCAGGGGGGGUUGAGCUCACCAUCACUCUUCAACCUAUAUAUAAACGAGCUGAUUGUCGCGCUCAGCAGCAUGCAUGUGGGCUGUCACAUAGACGGGGUUAAUGUGAACAACUUGAGCUAUGCCGAUGACAUGGUGCUGUUGAGUGCGUCAGUCUGUGGCAUCAGAAGGUUGCUUAAAGUGUGUGAAGAUUACGCACACACGCACGGACUCAAAUAUAACACAAUCAAAAGUCAGUACAUGGUCUUUGGGGUCGAGUCUAAAAUACCAUCUGUAAUACCACCUAUCAGACUCAACACGGUUGCCCUAGAAAGGGUAUACCAGUACAAAUAUCUAGGUCAUAUAGUUACUACCGACCUCAAAGACGAUGCUGACAUAGAACGGGAACGUAGGGCCUUAUCGAUCAGAGCUAAUAUGAUUGCACGCAGAUUUGCUCGAUGCUCAAAGGAAAGUAAAGUGACUUUGUUCAGAGCUUUUUGCACAACAUUUUACACCUGCAGUCUAUGGCGAAAGUUCACCUUGAAAUCGUAUAAGGCCCUACAAGUACAGUAUAAUAACGCGUUUAGGGCGCUGAUGGGGCUGCCGCGAUAUUGCAGCGCGUCAGGGAUGUUUGCGGAGGCGCAUGUGUCGUGUUUUAAAGCUACCAUGCGCCUGCGAGCCGCGUCCCUGGUGCGACGCGUGCGCGCCAGCUCCAACAGCGUCCUAGAAAUGAUUGCGGACAAGUAUUGUCCGUAUAUCACAUUUUGCUGCGGACUUCAUACGCCCAGCAGCACUGUGGUAAACACAUUGAGAAAUAGAUGA